AUGACAAACACCCCGCUGUCUCCACCUCCUCAGGCCCAGACCAGCUCCAGCGGCAGCACCAUGUUCCUCUCCCGGGCCCUGGAGAAGAUCCUGUCCGACAGAGAGCUGAAGAAGAGCCAGCAUGGAGCCCUGAAGGCGGCCUGUCAGAGUGCCCUGGAUGAGAUCAAAGCGGAGCUCGAGAAGCAGAAAGAUGGGACAGUGGUGCCCCCUAGAGCUAACUACAUUGAUGCAGAUAAAUACGUGCUUCCGUUUGAGUUGGCCUGUCAAUCAAAGUCUCCACGCAUCGUCAGCACGUCACUGGACUGUUUGCAGAAGUUGAUAGCGUAUGGACACAUCACAGGGAACACUCCGGACCCAGAGUGUCCCGGCAGGAGACUCAUCGACCGCUUGGUGGAGACUGUGUGUAACUGCUUCACUGGUCCCCAGACGGACGAGGGGGUGCAGCUGCAGAUCAUCAAGGCCCUGCUGACCACGGUCACCUCUCCUCACAUCGAGAUCCAUGAGGGGACCGUGCUGCUGACUGUCCGCACCUGUUACAACAUUUACCUGGCGAGUCGCAACCUGAUCAACCAGACCACCGCAAAAGCUACACUCACUCAGAUGUCGCAUGUGAUCUUCACCAGGAUGGAGCAGCAGGCUGCUCUAGAAGAGAAGGAGCGUCUGCGUCUCCCCCACUCCUCCUCCCCCUCCUCCCCUGCCCAGAGGGAGAGGAGGUCUCCUGGGACCCCUACCCCUGAGCCCUCUCCUGCCGCCAGCUCUGUGGACCUGACGGAAGAAGAGGCUCCUGAAUCUGCCCCUGCUGAGGCCCACACAGAGCCCGAUUCUGCCCCAGCUGACACCCACACUGAAACUGAGUCUGCCCCUGCUGAGACCCACACAGAGCCUGAGUCUGCCCCUGUUGAGACCCACACAGAGCCCAGGCCGCAGGGAGCUCCCGCCGAGACAGAGGAGAAAACUGAGCAAGACCCAAACACGGACUCGGUGUUUGAAGAGGAACCGGCCUCAGAUCAGACCUCAGCUGCUCGCCCUCCACAGAUCCGACUGGAGCAGAACGGCUUCACUGAGGAUCGUUCAUCUGUGUCCUCCGCCGACCUGCUGGACUCUGACUGUCUCCAGACUCAGGGCUCGUCUCGCUUCUCCCACAUUCUGCAAAAGGAUGCCUUCCUUGUCUUCCGGUCUCUUUGUAAACUGUCCAUGAAGCCCCUUGGGGACGGGCCACCGGACCCAAAGUCCCAUGAGCUUCGUUCUAAGAUUGUAUCCCUCCAGUUGCUUCUCUCGGUCCUCCAGACGGCAGGUCCAGUCUUCAGGACUCACGAGAUGUUUGUAACGGCCAUCAAACAAUAUUUGUGUGUGGCUCUGUCCAAGAACGGAGUGUCCUCCGUCCCCGAGGUCUUCGAGCUGAGUCUGGCCAUCUUCCUCACACUGCUGUGUCACUUCAAGGUCCACCUGAAAAUGCAGAUAGAGGUGUUUUUUCGGGAAAUAUUUUUGACCAUUUUGGAAACGUCAACGAGCUCCUUUGAACACAAGUGGAUGGUGAUCCAGACACUUACUCGCAUCUGCGCAGAUGCACAGUGUGUGGUGGACAUUUACGUGAACUACGACUGUGAUCUGAACGCCUCAAACGUCUACGAACGUUUGGUGAAUGACCUUUCAAAGAUCGCACAAGGAAGGAGUGGUCAGGAGCUGGGCAUCACACCACUACAGGAGCUGAGUCUGAGGAAGAAGGGGCUGGAGUGUCUGGUCUCUAUCCUCAAAUGUAAAGUGGAGUGGAGCAAAGACAUGUACGUGAACCCCAACCUGCAGACCAACCUGGGCCAGGACCCAUGUGAGGUUGAAGUGUUGGAGCUGAAGUCCUCCGGUCGUAGAGACAGUGUGGGGUCAGUGGACUCCACAGUGUCGUCCACUCAGGCCCACGACCCUGAGACGUAUGAGGUCAUCAAGCAGCAGAAGGAUAUCAUUGAGCACGGCAUUGACCUGUUUAAUAAGAAGCCAAAGCGUGGGGUCCAGUAUCUGCAGGAGCAGGGCAUGCUGGGAAACACAGUCCAGGAGAUUGCACAGUUCCUGCACCAAGAGGAGCGGCUGGACACGACCCAGGUGGGGGAGUUCUUGGGGGAGAACAGCCGUCUGAACAGAGAGGUCAUGUACAGUUAUGUGGACCUGCUGGACUUCUGUGGUCGUGACUUUGUGUCAGCUCUGAGGAUCUUUCUGGAAGGGUUCCGUUUGCCUGGAGAGGCCCAGAAGAUUGACCGCCUCAUGGAGAAGUUUGCCGCCAGGUACCUGGAGUGUAACCAGAGUCAGACCCUGUUCGCCAGCGCAGACACGGCCUACGUCCUGGCCUACUCUAUUAUCAUGCUGACCACGGAUCUGCACAGCCCACAGGUGAAGAGUAAGAUGAGUAAAGAGCAGUACAUAAAGAUGAACCGUGGUAUAAAUGACAGUAAGGACCUGCCGCAGGAGUAUCUGUCCUCCAUCUAUGACCAGAUCGCAGGCAAGAAGAUCUCCAUGAAGCAGAGCAAGGAGAGCUCUAUCACCCCCAAGUCCAAGCAUAACGUGGCCAGUGAGAAGCAGAGGCGGCUUCUGUAUAAUGUCGAGAUGGAGCAGAUGGCAAAGACGGCGAAGGCUCUGAUGGAAGCAGUGAGCCACGCCCAGGCGCCAUUCUUCAGUGCUACACACCUGGAACAUGUCAGACCCAUGUUCAAGCUGGCCUGGACGCCCCUCCUGGCUGCCUUCAGUGUGGGCCUGCAGGACUGUGACGACCCCGAAGUGGCGUCUCUGUGUUUGGAGGGUAUCCGCUGUGCUGUGAGGAUCUCCUGCAUCUUCUCCAUGCAGCUGGAGCGAGAUGCGUACAUACAGGCUCUGGCUCGCUUCACCCUCCUCACUGCCAGCUCCAGCAUCACGGAAAUGAAGCAGAAGAACAUUGACACCAUUAAAACACUGAUCACUGUGGCUCAUACUGACGGAAAUUACCUGGGCAACUCCUGGCAUGAGAUCCUGAAGUGCAUCAGUCAGCUGGAGCUGGCACAGCUGAUCGGUACCGGGGUGAAGGCGCGGUACCUGUCUGGGGCGGUCCACAGCAGAGACCCGGGCCUCAGGGGCCUGCCACUGGGCACCGAGGACUUCAUGCCGCUGGGACUGGGUACAUUGGUGGGCACGCAAGAACGUCGGCAGAUGGUUCACCUUCAGGAGUCUGUGGGAGAAACCAGCUCACAGAGCGUCGUGGUCGCAGUGGAUCGGAUCUUCACUGGAUCAACACGACUGGACGGGAACGCCAUUGUGGACUUUGUGCGCUGGCUGUGUGUGGUCUCCAUGGACGAGCUGGCCGCCUCCCAUCAGCCGCGGAUGUUCUCUCUGCAGAAGAUCGUGGAGAUCUCCUACUACAACAUGAACCGCAUCAGGCUUCAGUGGUCUAGGAUCUGGCAGGUCAUAGGAGACCACUUCAACAAGGUGGGCUGUAACCCUAACGAGGACGUGGCCAUCUUUGCUGUGGAUUCCCUGAGGCAGCUCUCCAUGAAGUUCUUGGAGAAAGGGGAACUGGCCAACUUCCGCUUCCAGAAGGACUUCCUGCGACCGUUCGAACACAUCAUGAAGAAGAACAGGUCUCCCACCAUCAGGGACAUGGUGAUCCGCUGUGUGGCUCAGAUGGUGAACUCUCAGGCCGCAAACAUCCGCUCGGGCUGGAAGAACAUCUUCUCAGUGUUUCACCAGGCGGCAGGAGACCACGACCAGGGCAUCGUGGAGCUGGCCUUUGAGAGCACGGGGCAGGUCAUCUUGAACACGUUCCCGCAGAUCUUUCCCGCUGCCAUCGACUCGUUCACUGACGCCAUAAAGUGUUUGUCGGAGUUCGUUUGCAACGCGGCGUUUCCUGACACCAGCAUGGAGGCCAUCAGGCUCAUCAGGCAGUGUGCCACCUAUGUGCACCAGAGACCACAGGCCCUGAGAGAGUACACCAGUGAUGACAUGAACGUUGCCCCUGGCGACCGGGUCUGGGUCCGAGGCUGGUUCCCCAUUCUGUUCGAGCUGUCGUGCAUCAUCAACCGGUGCCAGCUGGACGUACGCACAAGGGGGCUCACUGUGAUGUUUGAGAUCAUGAAGAGUUACGGGACCUCGUUUGAGACGCACUGGUGGCACGACCUGUUCAGGAUCGUCUUCAGGAUCUUUGACAACAUGAAGCUCCCAGAGCAGCAGACUGAGAAGACCGAGUGGAUGACCACCACCUGUAACCACGCCCUCUACGCCAUCUGUGACAUCUUCACUCAUUUCUAUGAAGCUCUGAGUCCUAUUCUCCUGCAAGACAUCUUCACCCAACUGCAGUGGUGCGUCCGGCAAGAUAACGAGCAGUUGGCUCGGUCGGGGACAAACUGCCUGGAAAACCUGGUGAUUCUGAACGGAGAGAAGUUCAGUCCUGAAGUUUGGGAUGCAACCUGCGCCUGUAUGAAGGAGAUCUUCCAGAGCACCAGUCCACACGCGUUGUUGUCGUGGCGACCAGUGGGACCAGAGGACGACUCAUCAGAUGGAAAGAUUUAUGAGUCUGACUUUGACGCUCAGUCCCAGGGCAGCUACGACCGCGCUCCGUCAGAGAGAGGACACAGCCAGAUGUCUAGUGACGACACAUGGAAGGGGAGGUCCAACACACGCUCGUCAGACUCGCGCCUCUUCUCUGGACUCCUCAUUAAGUGUGUGGUUCAACUGGAGCUCAUUCAGACCAUCGACAACAUCGUGUUCUAUCCCAGCACCAGCAACAAGGAGGACGCAGACACCAUGACGGCAGCUCAGAGGGAUGUCGUGGAGGAGCACAGCGCCCCCUGUGACCAGGGCAUGUACCUUCGUCUCUCUCCCUCUCACCUGUUCCAGCUCAUAGACUGUCUGCUGGAGUCUCACAGAUUUGCCAAAGAAUUUAACUCUAACAACGAGCAGCGCACUGCGCUCUGGAGAGCAGGUUUCAAAGGGAAGUCGAAGCCUAACCUCCUGAAGCAGGAGAGCAGCAGUUUGACCUGUUGCCUCCGGAUCCUGUUUAAGAUGAACUCUGACCCCAGACUGGAACCAUGUGGAGCAGAGACACAGAGAAGACUAUUAGUAGUGUGUACUGAGGCGCUGGAGUACUUCAUCAGUCUGACCUCUGAGUCCCACAGAGAGUCCUGGAACUCCCUUCUGAUGCUGCUGCUGACCCGGACCCUGCGACUGCCUGAUGACAAGUUCCAGGCCCUCUCCUGCUGCUUCUACCCUCGUCUGUGUGAGAUGAUGCAGUUUGACCUGAUCCCUGAGCUCAGAGCAGUCCUGCGCAGGUUCUUCUUACGGAUCGGAUCUGUGUUCCACAUCAGCUCGCCUCACGGGGGCGCCGCGGAGCUGAGGGUCACAUGA